GCAAGGCUUGUUUUGGCUAUUUGUUUCGAUAUCCGGCGAGUGGUAGAACAAGAAAUGUUGGAGUAGCUAGCUGGCUAGCUAACAGCUGGAUAUUCUGUUUCGGAGGUUCAUUAUGUCCAUUUGAUGCCUGGACACAGUGUGUGUGUGCAUGCUUGUGCCGGUGUGGUCAAAACAGUGGAGGACUCAGGGAGUCAAUCUUUGUGGCCAUGGCUGAUGGAAUGAGUGACGAUGACGUCAUUCACCUGGCCAGUUUCAACACACAUCGGAGUCAAGGUAACAGAGCAAGAAAAAGAUUGCAUGCUACAACAGACUUGGCCAUUACAAUAUCUGAUGACUCGGAUGAUGAACCAGUCGCCGUAGCACCUCGGAUUCCAGUUCUGGUCAAUGAUGAAGAAGACGAUGAAGUUAGCAUCUUCGAGCCUCCCGUACCGCUUGCGAAGCAGCUGAUACGACCUGCUGCCAAAUGGGGUGGGGAGCCCUCACAGGGUACAUCCUUCGCAUCGACCCGUAUCCCCGUGGAAACACCUCAAGCCUCAAACGCUCCCCCGCAGACGACGCACCCCACAUCAGGAAACAAAGCCAUACAUGUCUUGAAUGUGGACCACAAUGCUGUACCCUCUACAUCUAGAGACAUUAAAGCCUUCCCUAGACCUCCUUUGCCUACUAAGAACUCUCAGACCCAGUACGUAGCUCCUGCACCUGCACCUGCUGGUCUGUUUGCCCACCAGGCCACCCCGAUUGUAGUUCAACCUGUAGUUCAACCUGUGCUAAGGCCUCCUUUUGAGGGAGUGUAUGGGACUGUGCUUGGUGGCGGGCAUAGUAGGACUGAGGCUGUCACUGCAGUUGCACCCAUUGCCCUCCCUCAGGAAAGACCUGUGACAGCAACAACAGCUGCCGUAGAAGCUGUAGCUGCUGUAGCACCAUGGAAUAUACACGUGCCGUUGAACCCAGUGGUGAUCAUCGCACAAAGGCCGGAGAGAAUUGAGGUCAACCCUGCCCGGCCCGUAGAGCCUCCAGCACAGAUGGACGAUGAGCGGCCCGGGCCCUCUGCACCCAGGGAAGGUCCGGUGGAGCGAUUGCAGACGCAUAUGGCCACCGUACAGAACCUAGUAAAGGAGGUGGUGGACCUUUUCCCCGAUGUGGAGGAAACCUAUUUAACUGACUUGAUCGCAAGGAACGAAGUGAAAGAUUCAAAUACCAUAUGCAAUCUGUUGUUGGAAAACCCCAUUUACCCUAGGAAAGAAAAUGCUGUCCUGGCCCACUCAAGUAGUCUUUUGGAACCAAGUGAAGAAACACAGGAAAGUGAGAACUACUUUGUCUUCUCCAAGCUGACGCAAGUCAGCCCUACGAUCGUGAUGCAGGCCUCAGACAUGCUGAUGAGGGACUUCCGAAUGCUCAGCUGCCAGGACAUCAGGUGGACCCUGAACUCCCUCAAAGGACACUAUGCAAUCACCCGCAAGGCCUUAUUUGAUGCCCUUAAGAAAUGGCAGGAAAAUUCCACAGACCUCGCACAGGCAAGAAAGAGGCGGAGAGAAACGAACGAGCGUCUCUUCAUGGAUUUCAAGUUUGAGCAGGGUUCCUUGAAGCUGGAGAGGCACAUGUACUUUCUGGAGAAGAAGCGUAAAAGCUGGAGCCAGCCAGGGAGUCUGGACCCCUCUCUGACUAAAGAGCUGGAGGCCUACCAGCAGAAAGCCAAGGAGAUGGCUGAGCAUGAAGACUUCUUACUGGCUUUGCAAGUCAAUGAAGAGCAGUACAUAAAGGACGGGCAGCUGAUCGAGUGCGGCUGCUGCUGCGGGGAGUUUGCCUUCGAGGAGAUGACGCAGUGCACGGACGGCCAUCUCUUCUGCAAAGAGUGCCUGGUCAAGUAUGCCCAGGAGGCAGUGUUCGGCUCAGGGAGGUCGGAGCUCAGCUGUAUGGACGGGAGUUGCACGUGUUCAUUCGCUGGAAGUGAGCUAGAGAAAGUUCUACCGGAGAACGUUCUGCUCAAGUACUACGAGCGGCAGGCUGAGGAGGCAGUGGCCGCGACUUGCGGAGACGAGCUGGUCAGGUGUCCUUCCUGUAGCUUCCCGGCUCUCCUGGACAAGGCCGUCUCGCUCUUCAGCUGCCCAAACCCCCGCUGCAGAAAGGAGAGCUGCAGGAAGUGCCAGGUGGUGUGGAAGGACCACGUGGGGAAGACCUGCGAGCAGGUGGUGGAGAGAGACGAGAUCCGGCUGCGGGUGGCUUUCGAGGAGAAGAUGACGGCGGCACGCAUCCGGAAGUGCCACAAGUGCGGGACUGGCCUGGUGAAGGCGGAAGGCUGCAACCGCAUGUCGUGCCGCUGCGGUGCCUUCAUGUGCUACCUCUGCCGCCAGCCCAUCAACGGCUACAACCACUUCUGCCAGCACGCCCGCUCGCCCGGUGCCCCCUGCAGGAACUGCAAGAAGUGCUCCCUCUGGUCGGACCCCACGGAAGAUGACGAGCGGAUCAUUCAGGAGAUCCAGAAGACUGGCGAGGCCGAACUCAACAAAAACUCAGACUCUGCAGGGAAGCGUGUGGGUCCCCCUCCAGAGCCCAUCGCUGCGAAGCGGCCGCGGCCGUCCCUGGCCCCCCACCCUCUCCCCCAGCCGGUACAGCCCCCGCUGCUGGUCCGCCAGGUGAUGCUGCCGGGCCCCCCCCACCGCGGCGUCAUCUUCCACCCUCCCAUCCCGGCCCCGUAUGUGCCCCCCAUGGCCAACCUGCCCCCACACAUCCCCCGCAACAUGCACCUCAACUUCAACCUGCCUAUGCACUAUGGACCCCAUCAGCGCUUCUUCAGGCCUCUAUGAAACACUUCCUGGUGACAUCAUGGGGGUUCUCACUGCUGCCACCCAUAAGCUCUUUGCUUUUUCUACGUUAAAGCCCCCUUUGGCUUUUUCCACGUUAAAGCCAAAGGGGGCUUGGCUUGGUUUUUUUCUACUAAUUUUGUCGAGGGACUGAGAAGCCUGUUACCAGAGGCUGGGAGACAAAGCCGAGUGCCUGUUGGGCUAUUUUCUUUUUUUUUUUUUACAUCGAGUAUAUUUUUGAAAGAAGCACAAACUGUUGAUCUGUUAGAAAAUGAAUAACUUUGUUCAGAAAAAAAUAAAACCUUUGAGGCAAACUGA